AGUUUCUUCGGACAACAGAUUAAGACGAUUCUCUUCAUCCCAUAUGCGCUGCAUGACCAAGACAGUUACGCCACAACAGUGACAGAGAAGUUUCAAAGUCUGGGUUAUGAAGUGGACAGCAUCCACAAAGCCCUAAAUCCUGUGGAGGCAGUGAGGAAGGCGGAGGCCAUCUUCAUCGGUGGAGGAAAUACUUUUCGGCUCUUAAAGGCGCUAUACGAGAAGAAUUUGGUGUCGGAAAUCAGGAAGCGAGUGCUGCAGGAUGGAGUGCCUUUCAUGGGCUCAAGCGCUGGGACCAACGUGGCUACCAUCAGCAUCCACACCACCAAUGACAUGCCCAUUGUGAUGCCACCUACACUCAGCGCUAUUGGCUUGGUGCCGUUCAACAUCAACCCUCACUACCUGGACCACGACCCCUCGAGUCGCCACAUGGGGGAGACACGAGAGCAGCGCCUCACGCAGUACCACGAGGAGCCCCACACGCCCAGCGUCCUGGCUCUGCGUGAAGGGUCCAUGUUGCUGGUUGAGGAGAACAAAGCGACGCUUUGGGGGUCUACGAGGGCCCGUCUGUUUGUCAGGGGAAAGCCGGCCACCGAAUAUGAACCUGGCGCGGAUCUCAGCUUCCUGCUACGCGGAGAGUCCUGGCUGUAAUGCGAGCCCCCCGGCCGGCCACUUGUUAAGCUGUUGUGCGGUUUCAUGGGGGCUUGUGGGCACUGAAUAAAGAUGGCAGAAGGUUCUGUUUA